UAUAUAUAUAUAAAGAGAGAGAGAGAGGUUUUUAUUUUUAAGUGGGUCCGCCUCACUUCACAGAGACAGAAACAACUGCAGGCUACCAUCCUUCUGUGUGCUGCUAGCUAACGGUCCAGCUGUUUCCAACUCCUCACUAACUGCACCGUCUCUUCGUCCGUCGAGCUGGAGGGACGCGAACAGCUGAUAGGGAGCAGAUGAACGAGCUGGUGAAAAGCUUACCCUCCCCGACCCUCCCCGGGCUCCAGCUGCCGUGUCUGGACACCCACAGAGGCUGGCUCUUCAAAUGGACCAACUACCUGAAGGGCUACCAGCGGCGGUGGUUCGUCCUCAGCAACGGCCUGCUGUCCUACUACAGGACUCAGGCAGAGAUGGCACACACUUGCCGGGGCACUAUUCCCCUGGCAAAAGCUCACAUCGAGGUGGGUGACACCUGUCACUUUGUGUUAACCAGCGGAGGCCGAAGCUACCACCUGAAGGCCACAUCGGAGGGGGAGUGUCAGAGAUGGGUGUCGGCCCUGCAACAAGCAAAGGCCAAUGCUACCCUCCUUAUUCAUCAUUCAGAUGACUCAGGAGAUGAAACCCCUGUGCCUCAGGAGGACCGUGCCCUCACCCAAGGAGCGCUGAAGUCUCUGGCCACCAAGUUGGAGGAUCUGAGCACAUGUAAUGAGCUGAUCGGAAAGCACGGCGCCGCUCUCCAGCGCUCCCUUAGCGAACUCGAGGACUUGCGUGGGUCCAACGAAGGCACAGACAAAGUGAAAGCCGUUAAUGAGCGAGCCACUCUCUUCCGCAUCACCUCCAAUGCUAUGAUCAAUGCUUGUCGAGACUUUUUGGAUGUGGCAGAAUCUCACAGCCGACGGUGGCAGAAGGCUCUGCACUAUGAGAGAGAACAGCGCCACCAUCUGGAGGAGACCAUCGAACAGUUAGCCAAACAGCACAACAGCCUGGAGAGAGCCUGGAGGGAGAAUCCCACCUCUUACACAGGUGUGGAUCGCUCUCAAGAAGGGGACACGAGUGAUGAAAAUGAAGAGGCGGAGUUCUUUGAUGCAAUGGAGGACGCGCCUUCAUUCAUAACCGUGACUGCUACUGGAAAUAUCCAACACAAGCGCUCAGGCAGUAACCAGAGUAUGAUGAGUGGAGGAGUGCCCAAUGACUGGACUCACAAUGAGAGUGACAACUCUGGCACAAACCAGAUGCAGCUACGAAGAACUAGGCGCAGCCGAAUCCCUGAUAAACCAAACUACUCCCUCAACUUGUGGAGCAUCAUGAAGAACUGUAUCGGAAAGGACCUAUCCAGGAUUCCCAUGCCUGUAAACUUCAAUGAGCCACUGUCGAUGCUGCAGCGUCUGACGGAGGAUCUGGAAUACAGCGAGCUGCUGGACCGGGCGGCUCGCUGUGACUCCUCCCUGGAGCAGAUGUGCCUCGUCGCCGCCUUUUCUGUCUCAUCCUAUUCAACUACAGUCCAUCGCACCUCUAAGCCCUUCAACCCUCUCCUUGGGGAGACUUACGAGCUGGACCGACUGGAGGAGUACGGCUAUCGCUCCAUCUCUGAGCAGGUCAGCCAUCAUCCACCAGCUGCAGCCCACCAUGUGGCAUCAGAACGAGGCUGGACUCUGUGGCAGCACAUUACCAUCGAUAGCAAGUUUCGUGGGAAGUAUAUUUCUGUCGUACCAUUAGGCAACAUUCACCUGCAGUUUCAUUCUAGUGGAAACCAUUAUGUGUGGAGCAAGGUCACAUCAACUGUCCACAACAUCAUUGUAGGGAAACUUUGGAUUGACCAGUCUGGAGACAUUGACAUUGUGAACACCACCACAAAGGACACCUGCCGUCUCAAAUUCUCCCCAUACAGCUACUUCUCCAGAGACGUUCCACGGAAAGUAACGGGGGUAGUGGAGGACGCACAGGGCACAGCCCAUUACAUCCUAUCAGGAACCUGGGAUGACAAAAUGGAAAGUGCAAAAAUUGUGGAGAGCAGCCGGGGUUCUGGAGGCUCGGAGGGAAAACAAAAAACUGUUUAUCAGACUCUGCAACCCAAACUAUUGUGGAAAAAAUAUCCACUUCCAGACAAUGCAGAGAACAUGCACUAUUUCUCUGCCCUGGCACUGACCUUGAAUGAGCCCGAGGAUGGUGUCGCACCAACAGACAGCCGUCUGCGACCGGACCAGCGUCUGAUGGAGGCUGGCUUGUGGGAUGAGGCAAAUAUCGAGAAGCAGCGGCUUGAGGACCAUCAGAGACUGGAGAGGAAAAGAAGGGAGGCGCAAGCUAACCAGGCCCUGGAGGAAGGGCAAGACAUCGAAGGUUACCAGCCAGUGUGGUUCGAGAAGAGAACCAAUGAAAACACAGGAGAAACAUCCUACAUGUACAGAGGCGGCUACUGGGAAGCAAAAGAAAGACAAGACUGGAAUCAUUGUCCUGAGAUCUUUUAGGUAUCAUAGUAAAGAUAGGGGUGAGGGCUCAGGUGAGCAGGUGGCAGAAAUGGAGACAGCUAUUUACAUUUUUAAAGCACAAAACCUCCAGCCUCCACUUCCUGUAUAUAUGUGUUUGAUCUCUGUUCCAGCUGUGCUACCAGGAUGCAUGGCUUCAGUGCUCUGCAGAACCUAUUUAUGUAAGCAGUUUGGGUUCUGUUUGCCUGUCUGCGAGAUGAUUCAGAUUAAGUUUACAAGGAACAAUAUGAGCACUAAAACACACCUAACCAAGAUUGCAUGAUCAUACCUGGGGAUACGGAGUUCUCUCUGCUAUGAGCACUGAAUGUCAUUCUAAUCAAAGAUGGGUACCAGGGGCAUCAGUCUUUGAAAAAGUGAGUCAAAGCCUUCCUCUGUGCUGUAAAGUGAGCAUGAUUUUGUAAUCACUCCUGUUAGUAUAUUUUAUUUUUUCUCAAAAUUGCACAAAUAAGUGGCCUCUAUAAACAAGAACCUCAUUGGAUUUUUUUUUUUUUUUUCAAAUUUGAAUUCCCUGGAAAGUUGAACUGUUUUAUAUUUCUGAACUGUUUACAGAUAAUUAAGGGUACUAUAUUUUAAUGCUAAGGUUUACUAUAAUUUAAUGAACUAUUUUUGUUAUGUAAACAUUAAUCAUUCCAAUUAAAAACCAGACUGUAAGAGUAGAUAAGGAAUUUAUAUGGUUUGUAAACUACUAGAAUUUCUGAGCAAAUUUUUAUUUUUCCUCAUCGCUCUGCACUUUAUCCUCCAGAAUUACAUAUCAAAAAACACAUUUCUGACGUUUUUCAAAAUAAAAAAGUUUAAAAAAAAAUUAUAUAAAAGCAAUUUCAAUUAUAAUGUAAUUUAAAAAAAAAACUUUCUAUCAGACAGAGGGGAAACAGUUUUUUUUUAGAGAAAAACACAAGUGAACCUAUUCUGCUGCAUUUCAAGUCCUAAAAGAACAAUUUGCUUAAAGCUUUCCUAAUGUGACUGUGCCGUUUUAACAGAAAAAUCAAGAACUGCUUAAAAACAAAUAAGCCAGUGAUCUAUAAAUGCAUUGUUGUGUGGAGAUAUAUUAUAUUUAUCCAGAUGAAAUGCUAUUAAUGCUUCACUCCACAGUUUAGUUGAUAGAGCAAUAAAAAUAAAAGGAUUUAUGAUAAAAUAUCUAUGAAAGAAGAGCCUUGUCUCAGAUGAUAGGAGCAGUAUAAUCUGAUCUAACACAAGCGUGUGAAGAGACACUAUUCCGAAAUGUGUGUGGAGGAUAACAAAUUCAAUUUCAUUAUUUCACUUUUUUUUUUUUUUUGUUCUGAGCUCAAGUAGGAGGGUUCCGACAUCAUCAUUCGGGAAGAAAGGUGAUAAUUCAUGUUAAUCUAUGGAGAGAGAAAAUUGAUACAGAAAUGUGUUGUUUUUUAACCAAUAGACCCUCAUAUACAGGAUUGAUUGCAUUUUCAAAAUUGUGGUUGACCUUUUAAAAUUUGAAAUUAUUAUAAGGUUAAGUCAUGACUUAUUUCAGGCUUUGUUUAGCUAUUGUAAAAGGUUCUGAAAAAAGCAUGAAACAAACUGAAAUUUCAAUGUGGUCAUUGAUUUAGUCAUUGAAUUGUGGCUUAACAUUUGUCCGAUUCUCCCUAUAUAAACUUAAAACUGUUUGGAAAAAGAGGCAAAAGCAGGCUUUGAUUAGAAGCUCUUUAAAUCUUACAAACUCUUAUGUUCUCACUUCACACUCCUCCAGUUUAAAGUCUUCUAUUGGAGAUUUCUAAUACUUGAUUAUAUCAUAGCAAAGAACUCAGCAAGGAAAACACGUUGCUCUUCAUAAUGAACGGUGUGUUAGCAAAUAUAAAAAGCAGCUUUCAAAUUAUGGUUUCAGUUUUAAAGGAAAUGUUUUCCAACUCGACAUGGGCUUAUGGGGAAAAAGCAAAUGCCAUCCUUGGCAGCAACAGUUGCAAUCAAACAUUUAGACCAUUUCCAUCAAUCCAUGGGAAGACAUUUUAGCCCACUACUCCUUCACUUUAGCCACAACAGAGUUUAUUUUUUACCAUCCUGUUUAAGUCAUACAGCAGCAUCAAGUCUGGACUUUGAUUUGAACAUUCCAAUAUCCUUAUUUUGUUUUUUUUCCUAAAUAAUAAAUCCAUUAGUAUUUUUAAUACUUUGGUGCUGAAAUCUCACUGUUAUUAUUUAAAUGCAUGCAAUGACCUCAUGUUUGAUUUAUUUAAUAUGUUCCUCAACCUGCAGUAAAUAAUGAUAAAUCCAAUAAAGCAACAAAUUGAGUAAAAUAUAUAUAAAAAAUGUCCUUAAUUUAAAAAUAGCCAAAAAUAUAUGUUAUUUUCUGAUCUGCAGCUAAAGUUAUAAAACCUAUUUUUUGGAGAAAAGCAUGCAGAACAUUGAGGAAAACUCUUGAACGUCCUAUAAAAUGACUUUAGAAAGUUAGACAUCAAUACUUUAAGAACCAUCAAGAUUUGUCCUACUAAAAUCCUAAAAAGAUGCUAGGAUUCAUAUCAAGAUGUUCUCUAAUGCAUAAAUCAGCAAACAAUAAGAACUUCUAUUGGUGCUCAAAAGUGAUUCUAGCCUUAAUUUGAGUAUUUAACAAAACACUAAUCUAUAGUAAGUAUGCCCUUGAAACAAAAGUUUUUAUACAGAUGCUAGAUGGUUUUAAUGUCUUCAGACUCAUAAGGAUUUUUUUUCCGGUGAUUGUUUAUUGUUAUAACACUUAGGAUUUUAAUAUGUUAAGCAAUUAUUUUAAAGAUAUAAAGGUAAAGAUAUUCAUGACAGAUAUGUGAAUUAUUGUUUAUAUGUAAAUAUAAAGAUUUUUCUUUUUGUUCUUGAUGUUGCUUUACUAAGAUACUAUAUGUCAGCAAUAAUAAUAAUAUAUAAACAGCUAUUUAAGCACAAAAAGCACUAUUAUGUCAAGCUAGUUUAGAUUUCCAUUAGAUGAGUGGUGGUUUAGUCGCUUACAUGGAUAUGACUAGUAAAUAUCCUCCUUAGGCAACAAUUACCUAUGUAUUUAUACCUUACUGUGUAUAACAAUAGGGCAUGGUUCAUGGCUGCCAGGUCAGCGUUGGCCUCCAUUUAAAAACAAUACUGUAGAACUAGAAGCUCAUGUGUUAUAUCACGCUAUUGAACAUGUUUGACAUUACUUGAAUAUUAAAACUUAUCACUUUUUCUCGCCUGGUUUGGAGUGGUAGAAAAUGAACACAGCCACUGAGAUGUUGCAAAGGCGAAAUUGUGAAUGUAUGUAAUACGACCUAUGAAAUCCUAUUCAAAUUAGGCACCAGGUGUUGUUAAUCAGGUGAAACACAGUGCAGAAUCUGAAGGUUUCCAUGGCAGUAUAAACAGUAGCUAUGCAUGGUUUCAGAGUGCGACUGCACUUUAGUAGUGAGCAGCCUUCUUACCUUGCAGUGUUUGUGGAAUUCUUGUGCACAUAUAAUGUUAAUUCACCUUUUGUGCCCAUUUACCUCAGAAAAUUAAAAAUUUUUUCGAAAUCCAAUAAAAAUACUACAGAAGA